AAUUGUAGAGAGCGACGAAGAAGUGGCUCCGGUAAAAUUGGUUAAAAAUUAUUAAUCAAACGCGAAAUAAUUCUUAGAAAUUAUUGAAUAGCAUACAUUGAAUGUAACGUAGUGCGGUUGCGUCAUUAACAACAAACGAAAAGUGUCAAAUACAAGCGAAAACGUGAUUUUCAACUGGCCAGCUAUUAUAUAUAUACACAUACAGACGAACAGAUGUACACAUAAUGUACAUUUAAUGUAAUAUUAUUAUUAUUAGUCGAGUGAACGUAUGUUAAGUGAAAAAAUACUGUUUGGCAGGCGCCUGAAAAACAUUUGAAUAUUAUUCGCAGUUGAGUGAAGAAAGUGCAUUUUUAUAUGGUCGCUUCUGCUGCUGCACAAAGGGCUGGGGCCGUUGGCUGCUGCUAGGAGUUGCCGUCGUCAUCGCCGUCGUCGUCGUCGUCGCCAAAAACUUUCGUCGUCUCCGCAGCAGAAAUAUGCGUUGGCUGAGGAAGCGGGCAACAUGCAGCAACAGCACCAACAACAACAACAGCAACAGCAACACACAGCGUAACACGAACAACAACAACAACAACUACUCACCAUAAAAACAGCAACAACUACAACUACAACAUCUUCAUCAACAUCAUUAUCAUAACAACAGCAACAUAAUCAUCUUCAUCUUCAUCAACAACAACAACAACCGCGAAUUGUUGUUGCUUUUGCUGCAACUUCUGCUGUUGCCAACACUUAUUUGUUGUUGUUGUUUCCACAUUUUGCCACAAUUUGUAUCUUCGACGCAGCAUUUGGGAGCACAUCAAAAGGAAUUUUGUGCCCCAUUCGCGCUUCUCAAGCCUUUGAGGAGCCCACACUGGAAUGUUGGAAUACCCACAGCGAUUCGCGCGCAACAUCCCCAACUCCUCCUCUGGCAACGCGAAUAGCUCGCCGCAGUAUCCGCCACAGCUGCCGCAGCACCAGAACUAUCAGAGCUGUCGUCAAUUGGCACCUGGCUCGCCCGCUCAUCAUCAGCGACACUCUUCGCUCUCCCACCACCAUCAGCAGCAGCAGCAGCAGCAGCAGCAACAACUGCAGCAACUGCAACAGCAGCAAUCGCUGCAGCAUCAUCGCACACUGUCGACAGCCUCCAGCUGCAGUGCCCAGCACAAAAGUGUGACCUUUGGCCAGCCAGCGAGCAGCGGCUGCCCGGCGCCGAUCGACUACAGCAACGGCGGCAGCAGCAGCGGUAACUCCAGUUGCAGCGCCGGAACUGGCAACGCUGGACAACAAUCAAUGGCGGGCAACAUGAAGCACGGCAAAUCUCAGGAAGACGUUUGCUACGUGGUAGCCAAAUACGAUUAUGCAGCCCAGGGGGCUCAGGAGUUGGAUUUGCGGAAGAACGAGCGCUAUUUGCUGCUGGAUGAUUCCAAGCAUUGGUGGCGCGUCCAGAACAGUCGCAAUCAAUCCGGCUAUGUGCCCAGCAACUAUGUGAAGAAGGAGAAGCCCUCGCUCUUCGACAGCAUCAAGAAGAAGGUGAAAAAGGGUUCCGGCUCGAAGACUCUGCCCAAUUGUUCGCCUUCACGCCAAAUCGAGAGUCCAACCAUGUCCCGGCGCUUGCCACCCGAUCCGGCCGAGGCCAUUGGCACCGCCAUUGUUAAAUACAACUAUCAGGCGCAACAGCCGGACGAGCUCUCCCUGACCAAGGGCACACGCAUACUCAUACUGGAGAAAUCGAACGAUGGCUGGUGGCGUGGCCAGAGCGGCAAUUCGGUUGGCUGGUUUCCCAGCAAUUACACAACCGAAGAUUGUGAUAACGAUGGCGAGAUACACACCUAUGCCAUGGCGGAGAAUGUGCUCGACAUUGUGGUGGCGCUCUAUAGCUUCACGUCGAACAAUGACCAGGAGCUGUCGUUUGAGAAGGGCGAUCGCCUCGAGAUAGUUGACAGGCCCGCCUCCGAUCCGGACUGGUAUAAGGCACGCAAUAAUCAGGGUCAAGUCGGUUUAGUUCCACGCAAUUAUCUACAAGAGUUGAACGACUACUUGGCCACACCCUAUCGCAAUACCAGCGGCAAUGCUGGCAAUGGCAAUGCCACCGGCAGCAAUGGCGCCAAUGCCACCGGCAACGGUGCCGGCGGCGGCGGCGGCGGAGGCGACUCCAUGGAGCGCCGCAAUGACUGCAAUAACAAACAAACGCAGCCAAGUCAGCCCAUCGAGCGACCCAAUUUGGCGGGCAAAUCCUGGUACUAUGGCGCCAUCACACGCAGCCAAUGCGACACGGUCCUCAAUGGCCAUGGACACGAUGGUGAUUUCCUCAUCAGAGACAGUGAGACUAAUAUGGGUGAUUACUCGGUUUCCCUGAAGGCGCCCGGCCGCAACAAGCACUUCCGUGUCCACGUGGAGCAGAAUAUGUACUGCAUUGGACAGCGAAAGUUCCAUUCACUGGACCAGCUGGUCGAACACUACCAAAGAGCGCCCAUCUAUACGAACAAGCAGGGCGAGAAACUGUAUCUGGUGCGGUCGCUGCCAAAGGCCAACGGCACGUAAAUGGGCCCCGCUAUCCAAACUCAUCAUCUAUAGGUCAUCAAUUUAAUAUAUUACUCGUAAUAUAACUAAAUACAAACUUAAAUACAACUUGAUAUGAUAUAGUAUAUACGUAUCUAAACAUGGCAUAGCGCGUUGACCAAAUUGUUUUCUCAGUUUUAUAUGCUUCGCAAGACAAAUGGAAAAAAAAUAGCGAGAUAGAGAGAGAGAGAGUAUGUAUAUAAAUCGGUUAAUUUCGAUGCCGAUUCAUGUUCGAGUGCGUAAUAGACAGACUUUUUGUACUUUUAUAAAAAUUAUAUACAAAUUAACAAUUAAUUAAUGCUUAAUUCGGCGAGCUUUGAUUCAGUUCUUUAUUUUCAUUUGUCGCAAAAUUUUUUUUGUUGUGAAAGAUAAAAAAGAAAGAACCAAAGGCUUCUUUUAUUCGAAACACUCAAUUCUAGAUGUCAACAUGCAUUACAUUUACAUACUCUAUAUGUAUAAAUACAUAAUAUACGAUAUUUAAACAUUGUAGCCAAGUAUUGUGUACACAGCAAAGCGCUUUUAAAAAACUGACUUAAGAUAUGUCUAGCUCUAUGUGUGUGUGUGUAUGUGUAUGUGUGUGUGUGUCGUGUGUGUGUGUGAGUAUGUGUGUGUGCACUGCAAUUGCUUUGUAAACAAUUUAUAAAGCUCGCAAUCCUGAGCCACAUAUAUAUGUAUACCCAAUCAUACCAAUAUCUUAUCGAGUAUGUAAAUAUGUAGGCGGAACGCUUACAAACAGCUGAGAAAAAAAAUAGAAACCAAAAUUCAAGAGCUGCUUUGAAAAAAAAAAAGAAAGAAAAUUUAAUUGGCAAGAUAAAGCUGCUUGACUUCUUCUUCUUCCACACACAGCCAGUCAUUUUUUUGUUAAAUUAUAUAAACAUACGCAUACCCAUAAUAAUAAUAAUAAUAAUAAAAAUAACUAAAGAAAAGCUGUUCUAGCCCCGCAUAAAUAUAAACAUAAUCAACAUCGUACGAAACACACAUACUUAAGUGGAGCCUCCCCCUCUAAUAAAUUAUAAAUAAAAUAUAUAUAUAUAUAUGAUACGCAUAUAAGCCAUACUGUACAGUUGAUGAUGCAAUGCCUAACCUAAGCACACUUUCAUAUAUACAUACUUUCUAUUUAUACCUUAUACCUAUUAUUAUUAUUAUUAAUUUUAUUAGUUUUAUUAUUAUUAUAUUUAUAAAGUAGAAGCCGCGAUUCCAGCUUUAAUUUUGUUUUUAAUUAUUACAUUUUGUUUGACGUUUUAUUUUUCCUUUAUGCAAUAAUAAUUUGUAUUGAUUUGUUUUUGAUUUAGCUUAAGAUUAGUGAGAAGUGAAGAGAAUAUCAAUCUGAUAAUAGGACGGAACGCUGAGUGUUGACCAAAAGGUUGGCUCGUGGCAGGUUUAACAAUAGGGUUUAAAUGACUUUCGACUUUAUUUCAUAUGCGAAUUUUUAAAAUAUAUAUAUAUAAAUACAUAAAAAUAUAAUGAUUAUAUAAUUUAUAGUAAUUUCAACAAUUGCUAAAACCACAACUAGUACUAAAAACGAAAGAGAACAAACUAGAAAUUAUCCCGAAACGGAAAUGAAUAAAAAUACAUCAAAUAAAUUAAA